AUGUCCGAGGGAGCCCGAACGCUGAUGGAGCUUACGGGCCGCGCAGCUGCUCCGGGGCGCGGGCGCGCGGCGAGGCCCUGGCGCCCCCUGGCGGGAUCCCGCGGCACUACGACCGGGCCCGGGCCGCCGGCUGCAGACGAGCCUGCGCCGGCCUUGCUCCCGGGAAGAGGGCGCGCUCCAGGGCCUCCGUCCCGACUGCGGUUACGAGCGCGUGGCGCCGGCUGCCUCGGGCUCAGACGCCAAAGCGUCCGCGGUGUGGGCCUCGGAGCCGAAAUAAACAUCCAAGACGCCAGCCAGCCCCAGCGGUCCUCACAGCAGCCAAGUUUGGGAACAAGAGGGCCUAGGCCCCGAAACUUUGGUUUUGAGGGUUUCUCUCUCCAACAGCUAGAGGUAAAUUUGAGAACACUUAAAAUCAGAAAUUAUUAUUUAAAAGCCACUGGCCUUCUGGAGACCACCUUUGUCUUUUGUAGUUUUUGUCAAAGAUUGGAAAUAAGUUUCAGAUUACAGAUGUCUGAGAUGAGGUUUUAUUUAUUGAGACAGAGAGGCAGAGACACCAGCAGAGGGAGAAGCAGGCAUCAUACAGAGAGCCUGAGGUGGGACUCGAUCCCGCAUCUCCAGGGUCUCCAGGAUCAAGCCCUGGGCUGCAAGCGGCGCCAAACCGCUGCGCCACCGCAGGCUGCUCCAAUAUCCCCCCUUUUAAAUAACACUUGUUAACAGAAAUUUCUUUGUGUCUAAUCUUUCUUUUAUUUCUUCUUGACCUGUUCUCAGUAGUGAUUAAAAAGUUUCCUCCUCUCUCAUUCUAUGUUUGAAAAUACAGCAUUUAGUGCUUCUAUUUUAAAAACAAUCAAGAUCUGGGCAGCCCUGGUGGCACCGCCUGCAGCCCAGGGCGUGAUCCUGGAGACCCCAGAUCGAGUUCCUAACGUCGGGCUCUGCAUGGUGCCUGCU